CCUGUGCCUUUAUUUUCUGGGACCUAUCGUCACCGGUAGGUCCCUUGACCAUUGGUGUUAGUACAGUCCGUAAUAACAACAACACGGGUGGAUAGGUUUACCAAAACAGGUCUAACUCGCCACCCCUGUCCUCAAGAGGCCUUGGGGCGGCUCAGCGCAAAUAAACACCCCUCUGCACACCCCACCAGACAAUUACUAGUUGACGUCACGAGCGGCGUGCAAACCGGGAAACUUCUGGCCUUCCGCACCGCCGGGUACACACAACUGGCUCCGCUCCAAAAACGGGCGGCUGGCGAGCCUGCACGAGUGAAACGACAUUUUGUUGCUCUGCUGGAUUCUGACUGACUUGCAGCUGCUUUUUGGAUGCCAAGCUGUUGGGCUGGGGGAUCGAUUGGGAGGCCUUAGGCCGGGUAUGAGCCUUCAAAAUGACGUGAAGCCAGGCUAGUUGGAGAGGCAGCCAACGAUGACCUACCCUACGGAAGGGAGAAAAAUCGCCUUCCCAUUGGACGUGGUUCUCCACUCGGUUGUACACGAGGGCGACGCCGCCGAACUUGGCCGGAUCCUGACGUUGAGGCGGAACACCGUGGACGUGGACGCUACCACGCACACCGGGCUGACGGCGGUACACCUGGCGGUGCUACAACACGACGUGGACUGCGUCAAGGUGCUGUUAACUCACGGCGCGGAUUGUAACGUCCCGGACGUGAACGGGUGCACCCCCCUUCACACGGCCGCCGCCGCAGGCUUCGUCGACGUUGUCGGUUUGUUGUUGCUGCACGGGGCAGACCUUUCCUUGCAAACCGCCGAGGGGGACCUGCCCGCAGACCUAGCCGCAGACCACGACAUGGCACGCUUAUUGGACGGCGAGUUACGAGCCCAAGUUCAACGAGAACUUCUCAUACAAAGGUACUGGCUCUGGGACAAAGUGCUCUCUUGGAAAGAUUAUGCAUGGACGCGCUUACAAACAUGGGGGCAAGAGACAUUACAGUUUGUAGGGGACAUCGCACUUAACGUUAUACGAGGUUAUCGUAGGGCUUCUGUAACAGAUCGCAGGGCUUUGGUCAACCCGGCUGCGCCACGGAGGGGCAGUUCCGAACGCUUUUACCAACUCAAGCGGGAGUUUGUCGAAUUGAACGCUGGCUGCAAACGGAGGAAAAUAAGCAGAGAUUGGAACCCGAGAUAGUCUUCACUCGCCAUUAUAUUCAGGAAGAGUCGGUGCAAACAUUGGAACAAAAGAGGCGGUAUUUUCCUCUUAUUGUCCGCCCGUAGGGUACGCUCCACCUGCACACCAUAUUUGACAGGAAGAAUGGUGUUUAAGUGACCGCGUAUAUCUCUCUCCUCGGGGGCUUGACAAAUACUCCAGCCUAAAUGGUGUACCGGCAACAAUUGUAUGUGCGUGACCCUGCUAGGCUUCCCUACUGUGCAAUCUAACCUCUCCAGGACCCUAUGAAUGACCGCCUUUGACCACAGGCACCACCUUGAAUGGGCUACGAUUACAGGGGGACGUAAAAUACGACCCCGAUACGAAAUGUGUACGUGCGCUAAACAACACAAUAUCCGCGGCAACAACCCCUCAUCGCAAGUAUUACUGCACUUCUUCUAAGUCACUAUGGUGUAAGAUAAGUGUUUGUAUAUGGCUGUAAAAUAUAUCACCGCGCCUUACAGCGCGGGUAUUAUUAAGUUUUAUCACAUGUGCAUGGAAUCCCCGACAGGCUAGCUGCACUAUCUUUGUCUUGCACCAACCGAAAAGUAAUUGCCAGAGAUCGCGCCAUGAUAUUACAUUCCCAUAUUUCAUUAGAACUCCCGCUUAAGGAGGAUUUUGUGACGCACUGGCAUGACCUGGUUUGACUAGUGUGAAUAUUUUAGCCUGACUGCAUCGCUCCCUGGCUGCCCACCUGAGUUAACCGGCCUCACGGAGAGGGGGCUAAUUAGCCUCUAGCAGAGAAAUAUUGUACACCACAGACUAGUGACAUAUUCUAUAUAAACAGUGAAAUUUUCUGAGCAGUCUCCUUCACAUGUGUUUUUGUCUCGCAAUUCAAUUCAUUUUAUUGCAGUGAAUUUAUA